CACAUCUCACCUUACCUCACUUCCCAUUUUCUACCUUGGAUUCCGUCUCUUCAUAUCACCGAGGAACCAACAUUUCAGGCCAUCUUUGGUCGUAUUUUUCGCUGAUUCCGAUCAAGGCCGCUCGUUUUUUAGGGCGACUGCCACUGCCACAUCUGAAGCAACCCGACCAGGGCCCAGCGGCAGAAACCAGGGCAAAACAGGAGCUACCUGCGUCGCGCUCUCGCAGCCGAGAUUUCAGAUUCUUUUCCCUCAUCACAUUUUUCAAACCCUUCCAGUACAGCAACAUUCGCCGUCAAGAUGCCGCAGUAUCGUAUCGAGGUCUCGCCCAACAACCGCGCCGGUUGCAAGGACACUGAAUGCAAGAAGCGCGGCGACAAGUGCCUCAAGGGAACCCUCCGCUUCGGCACCUGGGUUGAGAUUCAGGACCAUGGUAGCUGGAGCUGGAAGCACUGGGGCUGCGUCUCUGGCCAGCAGUUAUCCAAUAUGAGGGAGACCUGCGACCAAGGUGACAACACCUAUGACUGCUCGGGCAUCGACGGAUUUGACGAAAUGGAGGACCAUCCUGAUCUGCAGGAAAAGGUUCAGCGCGCUCUGACCCAGGGCUUCAUUGAUGCCGCCGAUUUCAACGGUGACCCUGAGAAGAACCGUCUUGGUGAGAAGGGCAUCCAUCUCACCGCCGCCCAGAAGAAGAAGCAGGCGAAGGAGGCCGCUGAAGCAGCUGCCGCCGAAAAUGGUGAAUCCCCUCCUAAGAAGGCCAAGCGUGGCCGGAAGAAGGCUGUGGAUGACGAUGAGGAGGAGCCUCAGCCUAAGAAGGCCAAGAAGGUUCAGCCCACCAAGGAGGCCGAGGCUGACGCAGAGGAGGAGAAGCCUACUCCUGCCAAGCCUGCCCGUGGUCGCAGGACAUCCGCCAACGCCGCCAAGAACGGCGAUCAGGACCCGACUCCAGCUAAGGCUACAGUUAAGGCUCCGGUGAAGAAAGGACGCAAGGCAGCUGCCAAACCCAAGGAUGAGGCUGAAGAAGAGGAGGCUGCUCCUGCUCCCGCCCCUGCUCCUACCAACGCUGAUGAGACCGAGGAUGAGGCUCUUGCUCCAGUCAAGGCCCCAGCUAAGCGAGCCCGCAAGGCCGCUGCCAAGCCCAAGGACGAGACUGAGGAUGAUGAACCGGCUUCAGCUCCUCCCUCUGCUCCUGCCUCUGCUAAGAAGGGACGCAAGGCUGCUGCCAAUGCCAAGGACGAGACUGAGGAUGAGAAGCCCACCCCCGCUAAGAAGGGACGCAAGGCUGUUACCAAGAAAGUCCAAGACGAGGCAGAUGAUGAAGAACCAGCUUCGGCUCCGGCCCCUGCUCCAGCUCUGGCUAAGAGAGGACGCAAGGCUGCUGCCAAACCCAAGGAGGAUGCCGAGGAUGAGGCGCCAGCUCCAGUUAAGAGAGGACGCCGGGUCUCGGUCAAGAAGGCCCCAACCCCUGAGCCGGAAGAGGAAGUGGCUUCUGAGGAAGAAAAGCCCGCACCAAAGCCCAAGGCUCGCCGGGGACGUCCCCGUAAGAGCACCUAAGCCCAUCUCGCCAGAACAUGGCCGUGGAAUAGGCAGCAGUUUUCCGCCUUUGCGAUCUUUCAGGUUUCACAUUUUGCGUUUACUCUUUGUUACCGAAGGUAUUCACUGGAAACAGUUAUGGGAUGUAUGAUAUGAUUGUGGUUUUAAAAACAGUUUGCCACGAUUUGUGGGGAGGACUGAGCUAUUGACGAGGACUGAGGGGCUUUGUUUCUUAGGACAAGUGGGAGAACAUAGCAGUGAUGUGAUAUUUCCCUUCGGACGCUCACUGUUCGAUGAUGACGGAUCUGGUUGUCUAAAUCACCCUGCUCGCUAUAGCUUUACCAGAGUAGUCACUGAGAAAGAUUGUUGUUGAGCUUCUAGA